CGAGCUAGAAUAGUUGGCUGAUAAGAGAACGCGUCAUAGUUCUAUCCCAACACUUAACCGAACCACAUCUAAAAAUGGAUGAACAAGAGUUCGAAAUUCCGGUGCCUUGGGGACAUAUUGCAGCUAAAUCAUGGGGAAAUGACAAGAACCAGUUGGUCUUUAUGAUUCAUGCAAAUAGUGAUAAUGCUGGAUCUUUUGAUAGAUUAAUUUUGCACUUGCCGGACACAUUUUACUACAUCGCGAUUGAUCUUCCUGGUCACGGAAAAUCAAGUCAUUUCCCUAGCAAUAUACCGCUACACGAAAUUAACUACGUGCUCGCCGUUAACAUGGUGGUCAAUUACAUGAACAGGGAAAAGGUUAUACUAAUCGGCCAUUGUUGGGGAGGACAAAUGGCCAUGCUAUUCUCGCAAUUUUUCCCGGAGCGUGUUUUGAGACUAGUGCUAAUUGAGGCAGUUUAUUUUUCACCUGUGUCGGUCGAAUAUUUUAAGCAGUACACCAGGGAGUACAUCGAUAAUAGCAUUACUUUACUAGAAAAAUCCAAAACGCGCAAGCCUCCAGUGUAUUCGUUCGAUAGUGCAAAGCAUGCCAUGAUUAAUGCUCGAAUAUAUGGAAAACUAAAGCCAGAGGCUGCAGGACCUUUAUUGAAACGAUGCCUAAAUCCUAUCGGCGAAGACCAAUAUCAGAUUACAAACGACGUGAGACUAAGAACAAAACAUUGUAUGUUCGUCGAUAUGGAUUUUUGUAUUUCAGUGAUAAAAGAACAUCCUGUUACCUGCCCAAUUUUAAUUAUUUUUGGAAAGGAUUCCACACCUCUGUCGGAAUACUACAAAGAGUUUCUGAAAGAAUUAAAGAAUGCGAAUCCUAAGUGUACCACAAUGGAAGUUAAUGGAAAUCAUGACGUUCAUAUCAAUAAUCCGGAAUUAGUAGGACCUCCAAUACAUAGUUUUUUAACUAUUAGCAAUUUGUAAAUAUGUUUUCUUACAAAUAUUCGUAGAAGUGUUUAUUAAAGAGACUUAAGUAUCUUAGUCACAUCCUCAGGAUACUAGUUUCGAAAUCA